CGUAAUUUUGUUGUAACACAUAUUGCAAUAAUAAUUUCUCAUUAAUUAUAAAGCUUUUUCUGGGUUUAACUAUAAUUAUGUUUAGGGUGCGACGCAUAAAGACUUGUAAUUAAGGAACAUAAGUUGCGCUGGCAGCAGGCUUUGUUAUUUUUGGUGAACUAUUUUUGUCCGCUCUACAUUCAGUGCAUUGGAAUAAUUUUGACAUCCAGGAAAAGAAUGUUCUUCCUAUAUGGUGCGUAGCAAGUGGCGUGUGAUAUGGUGAUGGCGGCGGGCGGCAUGGGCGACGCGCGCGAGCGGCUGCCGGCGCUAUGGCGGCGGAUCGAGGACGCGCACUACAGCUACUUGGAGACGGAUGACAGCCCCGAGAAGUUACAGCAAAGGAAGAAGUUGGAGGGCUACAUAAUGGAGUACUUGUCGAUCGUGCCACACGAAUGCAAGUUUGGUCUCGCGGAGACCGGCAAGGUGUUCCAGCGUACGAUAACGGAGCUGUCUCAGUUCAGCGCGUACCGCGCCGGGCAGGGCUGGGCGGCGAUCGCGCGGUACGCGGCCAACCUGCUGGCGCAGCCUUGGCGGUUGGAGUACCGGAUUAUACGGUUAUACAGCGGGUUCUACAAGCACGAGGUGGAGGCGCACAUGGUGGGCGCGGAGAGCCUGCUGCAGGCGCUGGGCUACCGCGCCGCCGGGCCGGGCCGCCUGGCGCUGGACGGGCCCGCCUGCCCCGACGCGGCCGCCGCCGUCUGCAGGGACGCCAUCAUCGCGCAGUGCGAGUGCCAGAUAAUGGCAUCCGUAUGGGAAGCGGUAUGGAGCGGCGGCGGGCGGUGCACAUGGGCGAGCGUGGCCAGGGAGCGAGCGGCGUGCGCCUCGAGCGCGGCGGCCACCGCGGCCAGGCUGCUGGCCCCCGCACAGGGGCAGGAAAUCUACUCAAACAUCUCUGUGCCAGUACCGCUCGAGGCCGCCGCCCGGCGCGACUACCCCUCCCCCCUGGAGUCCCCCCCCGACCUGCCCACCCCCGUCCUCCCCUACAUGCUCCCCCCCAUGAUGUACCCCGACAUGGCCAGCAUGGCCAACAUGGCCAACGUGAACAUGGCCAUGCCCCCAGUGCCAAUGAUGACGUACCCGGUGCCGUACUUCUACCCGGUGCAGGCGCCGUACAUGAUCCCGACGCCGAUGUACGCGCCGAUUAAACACGCGAAUAAUGUGCCGAUCAAUGGAUAUCCGCCUCACUACAGGUACCCAGCAGUGCCAACAGCCCAGCUCAUCGAACUAGACUCCCCCUCUAUAUACGAAAACGGAAAAUACGACAGACACAGAGACGACGACCGACACAAGAAAAGCAGGCAGCUAGAAAGCUCUAGAAGAAAUAGCACUUCCAAAUCAGGCUUCAGCGAUAUCUCCCUACCAAGUUUACCGCGAUCCGAUACCCAGCCGGCCUUAAGCAAAGCUAGAGAAGAUGGAAUGGGCACUUACGAGAGCUGGGACUAUGUUUUCAGGAAUCUGUCCAGCAAAGAUCAAGAAGGAGACAGCAGGAGCCGAUUCUCACCAUCCCUAGACAGAGAUUCAAGGACCCUGGACAGAUUAGACAGAGAAGAACGAAGGGCCAAAUACCAGCCAACAACUUUGGACUUAGAAGAUGGUUUACAAGCUUUAAACCUCGACCGGUCCUACGACGAAGAAAUGUACAGAACGGCGAAAGUAAAUGAGAAUUUAAUGAAGUUAAAGCAGGAACAAGAACAGAAGAGAGCUAAGCAGCUAAAGAAGCAGGCGGAAGAGAAAAAGAUUAGGAAAUCUGAGCCUGUAGGUAACCCUAAUGCAGAUGCACUUAUAACGCCUAAAACAGCGCCUGAUAAAGUAAGGUUACUAACUAAGAAGGACGUGAAAGAUAGGAGGGAUGUGAUAAAGCAGCAGAACUCUGUGAAUGGGCCGGUGUCGAGUGCGACGGAGGUUAAGAAAGUGAAGAAACCGGCCAGGCCCGUCGAAGAGAAGCCGAGGAGUAAACCGUACGAGAAUGGGCACGCUACGUCGCAUUCCAAAUCCAAUUCUGUCUCAAGCACAACCCCGAACUACGACUUGAAAGCACAACUAGUAGUAUCCCUAGACGAGACGGACUCGCGGCCUUCACCGCCUAAACAGAAUGGGGAAAGACCGGCUAGCAGGGUGGAGUCGCGGGUGGAAGAUAAACAGGAACGGUGGCAGUGUGGGACUUGCACGUAUCUCAACAAGGCCAGUCUACAGGCGUGCGAGAUGUGUGGCAAAUCAAAGCGCGGCCCCUCCAUCCAGCCGCUGACGUCGGGCGGGCGCGAGUGCCCCGCCUGCACGCUCGUCAACGCGCGCGCCGCCGGCGCCUGCGACGCCUGCGGCACCAGCCUCGACCGCUGCCCCACCUACAUAUAGGCGCGUGAGACCCUCUGUCCUCUGGCAGGGUCCACUUGCCCCCGUGCAUAUAGAUGGACUCGGGCGCACAGCGGAGCGUGCACUGACGCGUGUGCUGCUGCGUGUGUGCUGUGCGUGUGUGACGUGACGCACGCCCCACUCAAUCGUCCACCCAGUUUGUAAACUCCACGACAACGGGGCCUCAAGAGCUGGAAGCUGCAAGAUACCUAAAAUUGGCUUUCAGACCAAAGUACUGCGUUGCGGUGCUUUCACCUGACGCAUGUAGCUUGGGCGAUCAAAGGCGUCGGAUAGUUGAGCGAAUGACAGAUUAAAAAUCGCAUUGUUGCACCUAAACAGCAAUAUGGUUCGAUGUGUUCCCGUAGCUUCGGGAACCGGACCCGUAGUCUAAUAAACGCCAAUUUACUAAUUUACUUACCAUUUUUUAUGAUACUUUUAAGGUUUAUUUUUAAGCGCGCUUGCAAUAUCGUAACAAUUAAAAUUUCACCACACAUAAAAGCUUAGAUAAAGUUCGGCUGUUACGUUUGGACUUGGACAGAAAUUAUGGUGAAUGAGCGAUUGGUAAUGCAGAAGACCUUGAUUUAUUAGCAUUUAAUUGUGCCUUGCAACAUUGCGUAAGGUGCCUACUUCUACCAACUACUUGCGCGAAGAAUGCCUAUCGUUAUUUAUAUUAUGAACUUACAGUUUUGUCUAUGGCACUAGCAAACAUGGACGCCAAAAUUAAUCCAGUAUGAAAUUUUGAGAGAAGACAAGCUUAGAGAACCGGGCCAUCUGAGGCAUAACUGGUGUAAGUACCUUAUACCGCUAGUGUGUCGCUCAUAUUUUCAAGCAUUUUUAUCUGACUAUCAAAUUCAUGCAAGUAUACUGAGUACAGCAACUAAUAAACAACAGUUAUUAGUUUUCAAUUUAUGCACCUAUUAGUUUACAAUCACUUUAAAUUCUUGUGUAACUAUUGUAGUUUAUAAUUUAAAUGAUGUUUUAAUCGCGCAUUCAGCACACUUCAGUUCUUACAUUGACAUUUAACAUCGUUGGUAAACGCCAACAUAUCUUUAAUUGGGAACAUUAAUCAUGCUUAAAUAAUUUAUUUGUGGUACAUUUAUCUGUUACGAUGUUGCAUCAUAAAUGACUAUGAACAGUCCCGCUGCUGUCACCUGCUUCAACUAGCAUAUCAAGAGCUGCGCGUGCGCACGUGAGUUCUAAAUUAGACUCUAAUCUCAACGCAGUAGGCACAUAGUCGCGUGCGCUCGCCGGCCGAGAAUAUUUACCAUUGCCUUUCUAUUUAUAGCAUUUAUAUUUAUCUACGAUCUUACCUUAAAAAAUAAGUCUUUUGCGUGAGAAAUUAACUUUAUAGGAUGUUAUGGUGUGUUACAUUAUAUUGUCGUUACUCAGAUGUUGAAUUAAAUUUGCUCAUACAGCCUGUGUAUAUAGAUGCUGAUCCUUGGUAUUUGGGGUGGUAUGGCUGGUUUUUAUGUUUUUUCGCGGAGCUCGAGAAUGUUUAAGAAGUUAAAAUCGCUCAAGGAAGAUACAAUAGAUAUUAAUUUUUGUUUCUUGUGGGACAUCCUUAACAUGUUUUAUAUAGGAGGUCGGCGUAUGAUAAUUAUUUGUAUAUCUACAUAAUACCACCCUUAUCUUAUGCUCCUUAUAUGAAAGUGUAUUGAGACUCUAAUACUAACAGAUAUUUAUGAUAGUAAUCAAGUCAAGAGAUGUUUCUGGCUAUGUAUCCAUUAUACUCUACCAAAAAUCAUCAUUUGUAUGCAAGUGUCCUUAUAUUCAGUUCGGCUCAGGAGUUUUCAGAGGCUAUAACAAUUCGAUUUAAUGUAGAUUAGUAACAACGAUUUAAUACGGUAUUUUUAAAACGAGUAUUUAUUUCAUUUAUUUGAUACAGGGUAAACGAAUAUAAAAUAUAAAACGAAACAUUUGAUGUUAUACGAUUAUUAUUUUACCGAACGUCACGAUAUGAUAGAACUAUUGGAAUAAUCAGAAGAACAACAUUGUGAUUGUUUAUACUGCGAUAAGCUAUCAUUAUUAGAGACGAGAAUUCAUUAAGUACUAUCAACCUCCAAACAACGUCAUGUGCCUCAUAACGUUUGUAGAUGGCGCCCCCUAAAGAAGUUCUACAACACAUUACAGCUAAGUGCUCUACAUAUGGCUCUUCAUACAACAAUGAUGAGGCAUGCGAUUUUUGGAAACUGAUAGUUUGUAUUAUAUACCGGUCUCAGCUAUCAUAAUAUUAUUGUAAUAAUAGUGUUCGUUUAUUCGCCUUCUAAAAUGCUUUAAUGUUAGUUGGAGAUUAGAUAAUGCUUUUAUUUUUGUUUUUAAUAAAUUAUUGAUCUGUGUAUAUAACUGUUAGAACUUGUAAAUAGUAGAUCUUAAAAAUAUAUUUAUUUAGAGCGCAGUUUCUAAUAUGUUAAAGAUGAAUAAUCUAUUAGCGUACCUAAUAAACUGUUGCAAAUAACUAGUGCUUGGGAAAAGGGCCAAACACUGCACAUACAGGUAGCAAGAGGAAGUUGUUAUUUUAAAGUCUAACCCCCUUAUUUAUAUACGAGUCUGAAUUAUUAUUAAAAUUAUGUACCUAUACAAAUACAUAACCCAUCGGGCGGCAAAGCAAUAUUUUAAAUGAGCCGCGUGGCGCGCAGCCUCGAGGCGGCAAGUUUUCAAUAUUUAAAAUGGCGGCCGCCGGAUGUCAGAGAGCGUCCAUUUCGAGGCAUCUUGCCACACGAGGGGAUAUGGCUAAAUUACAGAUAAAGACAAACGAUUCAUAGCUAUUUCAGGCUGUAAUGCGUUUAUGAAUAACGCCAUAAGACAGCGUAAAUAAUGCAUAAGAAAUACAGAAGUUAGCAGUAUUGCCCAGGGACCGAAUUUUUAUCUGAAUUAACGGGUAAAAGGCCAAGUUCGCAUUUGUACUUAGCUUUCCUUAACUGUAAAUUAAGUUUAUAAUUUGUUUUUUGUACAAUAAAGAGCUUACUACUACUACACCGGUUUUAUAUUCGGUGUCUAUUAAAGUAGAUUUUGUUUUAUAAUAGACUAAUCGAAUACUAUUAUUAAUGUAAUUACCUAAAUAGUUUUUAUGAUUCAUCAAAAUUGGAUGAUAACGAAUACCGGUAUUGGUACUAAUGGUCCCUGAUUUACUGAACCUGAACUACUUUAGCGACGUAAUUUACAAAGUGUGCGGUUUUACGCCCUUUUUCCGGGUUAAUAAUAAUAAUAAUGGGGUAACGUAACAUCAUUUUGAGGGUGCAUAAAUAUUGUUAAACACUAAUGUAAUUUUAUCAUCACGUUUUAUACAAAAUAACUAUGCCUUUAGGCGAGUAGAGGUUCUUAUGCUGGAUAUGUACUAUUGUCAAAAAGUCGAAGCACAGAUUAAGUAAUGCAUAAAAAUGUACAGAUUUUUAUUUUCUAAGUCUGAAACAAAAAAAAAAUACAUUAUUUUCAAAGUGUUUUAUAAGGUCAAGUUUUCACUUGUGCCACUUCAUAUUCACCAAUUUGUCAUGGACGAAGAGUUAGCUUGUACGGUCGUCAUCAGAUAUGUCGGAGCGACCGAGGUUGUCAAAAAUAUCUGAACACACAUUCUAACGCCUACUGUAAGUAGAGGCAUGUAGGGCGUGUUCAGAUAUUUGUGAGCACAUUGGCCGCUCCGAUAUAUCUGAUGGCGACUGUACAAGCUUUAUCUUACGCCGAGUGCAUACUAUUUGUUACGUCGAUUCAAGCCACUUUUAUUAAAACGUAUGUUUGACAAUAUAUAUAUAUUAAAAAAAAACCUGUUUACCCACUACUUUAUCUGGCUAAAACGUUGCUAACAGGACAUACCAGUAGGAACCACUGCAGAUUAGUAUCUGCGUUAAAUCCUAUGCACAGUGUAAACGUAACAUAGCGGUCAUGUACGGCGGUCAACGCACUAUGGACGUGUAUUUUUCUAAUAAAAAGUAGAUUUUCUCAUGCGACAUGUCUGGUGGAGCAAAUGCCCCUCCAGCCAACACCAUCUGAUACUAGUGAAUAAGGUAUACUUGCCCUAAUAUCAGGAAAAGUACACGCACCUUCCCGUUGUAAAGGGAACAAGUUCCUUUGGCUGGUGUGGCACUUGCACCACGAUAUCAUACAUUUAUUAAAGUCGUGCUUGAAAUUGAAUUGCGUUUAGUUGAUCGAACGACAUUACGAGUAAAUUGUUGUAAUAGGUCUGAGGAAGUGACGUUUUGCAGAUAGAAAGAAUUAUGUCUAAAAUAAUAAACUAUUGUUUUACUA